UCAAACAGACUCAAUGUCUUCACUUUAGUUUACAUUCGAAUCUCCAAACGUAAAUUUCCCAUACAUUUUUCUAACUGUUUUUCUACUUUUUCUCAUUUUCUUUUUUUUCGUCCCUUCAUUUUUCGCCUUUUGGACAGUCCAAUUUUCACCAAUCCAAUUAAUCGCCACUAAUUACUUACCCUUGAUUAAGUUUUUCUAUUCUCCAUAAACUGUCACUUGGCCAAUUUAAUUCUAUUCACCUUAAUUUCUCUUUGUGUCUGAUUUAUUCUCUUUUUUCAAUUUGUUCUUUUUUUUCCAUUUUGUUCGCUUCUCUUUUGCCAUCGCAAUUAUGCCUCAAAAAGGUGGUAACCAUAAGUACCAUGGUGGUGAUUCCGUUGAAAUUGUUCACCCUUCGGGUCUCUGUGAGACUGAAGUUUCCGGUGGAAAACAUAACCAUCACCACCAUAACUCAAAAGACUAUUACGUUAAAGGUAAUACCGGUGCUUCAAAAGAUCCAAAUAUCACCAAAUGUUGUGUUCCAACAAUUUGUAAUCUAAAUCAACCCAUUCAAAUGGAAGAUCUAAACGAUUGUGUUAAGGUUAUUUGUAACAACGAGAAUUGUAACCAAGGCCGUUAUAUGCAUAAAUGUUGCUUCGAAUCUUGGGAAGAAAGUGUUCUGACCUUUCUCCGUUCAACUGGUCGUGCUCGUAGUUGGUCAGAGAAACAAAGGUUACAAAAUUUAUGGACCAAAAAGGGUUACGAUUUAGCCUACAAAGCGUGUGGAUGUAAAUGUGGUAAAGGUCAUCUUCGCAAAGACUUGGACUGGACCGCACCAGUUUCAACCGCUUCCGAUGAAACGGGUAAAAAGAAAAAGAAUCGAAAAAAGAAAUCCAAUGAUAAACCUUCUCUCAUCAUAAGUACCUCAAUGUCUACAUGUAAUAACGGGUCAAAUUCUAAAACUCAUGUUCCAAUCUCUACGGGUAAUAUUAAUCUUCCUUCAAGCAGCUCAAUUAACUCUAAUCCAAUUGGAUCAAUUAGUUCAUCACCUUCAUCAUCAAGCAAUGUUUCAGUUUUACCAAUUAGUCGAUUCAGGACAUCGUCAAUGUCUUCAAGCGGUUCAAUAGGUUCAGGUGGUACAUCACCGCCAGGUAGUGGAUCAGAAUCACUUUCACCAGGUUUUCUUGAUCAAUCUGCUUUCAUGAAGAAAUUUUUUGGUGCUGCCGAUCACAAUCAACAAUCAUCAAUAUCUACAUCAUCAUCAUCAUCAUCAGCAACAAUAACAACAACAGCAACAGCAAAUACAUCAAUCUCUCAGCAUCCCAAUUAUCAUAAUCAUCAUCACCAUCAUCAUUUUCACCAUGAAAAUAUUGGACGACGAGAGAGACGAGGAUCAGGAUCAAUUUUCACUCGUCGUCAAGACUAUUCAUCAUUUAACAAUCUUCCAAGGCAUAAAAUCAAUUCUUAUCACAUUAAAAUGGAGGAAGAUCAUGGUAACGAUGAUACAAGAAAUUUCAUCCUAUCAACUCUCAGUGCUAAUCGUAUGAACAGAAUAUCGUGCAUCAUGUGUCACACUUCCAUGAUGAUUUUCGAUAAAUAUCCAUUGAUUGAUGGAACCUUUUUCUUAUCACCAACCCAGCAUAGUAAAGGUGCUGUACCAACAACCGUUGAAAAUGGUUCUAAACAAUAUUUAAAUGCCGUUUGUAUGGGCUGUUUAGAAGGUUGGAAUUCAAUUGUAAAAUGUCGUAGUUGUUCAAGCCGAUGGACCGGAUCUCACCUAAUUCUUGGCUCAAUGUAUUCUUAUGAUAUUUUCGCUGCGGUUCCUUGUUGCACUGAUCGUCUUCGUUGUAACAAUUGUAAAAACCUUGUUAUCUCACCUGAUCAUCGAUUACAAUUUUUCAGUCAUUAUUCAAAUUCAAUUGCUUGUGGACAUUGUGGAAUCGUUGAUUUUCAUUUUGCAAAACCUUUACAGGUCAACUUUAUCCGAACUGGACGAGAAUGAUGAUGAAAAAUUGAUGGCUUAAAUGAUGAUGUUUAUGUCGAUAACCAACCAACACUACCAAUCACAUAAAUGCACCAUUAUUUAUACACUUAAACACUCACACACACAUACACACAAACACUUAUCUAUUAGGUUCAUAAGACCAGCAAAAAAUUAUCGUCACAUGCAUUUACAUAUAUGAUUGUGUGUUUCAUUCACAAAUAUAUGUCAUUAUCCUUACUAUUAUUUCCUAUUCAGAAAGCUCAAAACAAUAAGGAAAACUUUUUUCUUUCCUGUUUACUUUUUGCCUGAAACUUUUUGCAAAGAAACUGAAAAGCCCUUUAGGAAGAGCUCAUUUGUUUAUGUAUUGUGAUUAUGAUAACCAUUCACAUCUAUUAUCCAGUAAGCGCUUUGAAACACCGAACCAGGGAAAGAGAGAAAUGAACAAUCAACAAAGGUACUAAAUUACUCGAACGGUAAACCAAGUGAAAGAACAACUUUUGAGCUCUUCUUAUGCAACUUUUCCUCUCCUUCAUUUCUGUCACAAUUUUUUGGAUACCCACGAAUACCACCAUCACCUUUACCUUUAUUGGAAUAUCUUGAAAUUUUGUUGAAUAGCGAACUUUUUUUUUUCCUUCUUCUCUUUUCGUUCAUUCAUCUUUCAAUUCUGAUUUUUCAUGAGUAUCAUCAUCGCUAUUUCUCAUUAUGCAUUCUGACACAAAUCUUUUUUUUUCUAUCAAUAUCAAUUAUCAACAUAACCGAUAAUUUACCCAUGGUAAAAGUUGUGUUUGUUAAUUGUAUCACCAAAACAACAAAAGAAAAUCAACAAAAAAAACACGUACUAAAUUAACGACGAUUAACAAUUGAAAUCAUAUUACGGGAUUAAUUUAAAGAGCUGAAACUUAAAUGAUGAUGAAUUUUGGAUGGUUCAACGAAAAUGGAUUCUCUCUAUUAUCAAUGGAAAAACUAAAUCAAGUCUUCAUCUCCAUCCUCAUCUUUUGUUUUUCUGUUGAUGAUUAACUAUGGAAAGAGAAAUGAAAAACAAUUGUUAAUUGUUCAUCUUGAUCAUCAUCAUCAUCAUCAUUGGAAACAUUUACAGGUAAUACACUCAAUCACCAAGGAGAGAGAAAGAGUUACCUUCUUUCAUCGAAGCCUUUUUUUUUCUUCCACCAAUCAAUCAAUAUUUGUUUUGAUACAACAAUCACUUAAUUGUAAUGCCCUUUAAUCACAAUCAACUUUAAUUACUGAUUAAUGACCACGAAACUCAUCCAAACACAUAUACUGGCCACUGGAAAGAAAACAAUAUGACGGGUUAACCAAAGUUUUUUUUUCUAUUUGCUGAGAAAGUUAAUUUCUUUUUGUUUUCUCUUAAUUCUGAGAAAAUAAUUAAGACAAUUAAUUACUAAUUAUGUCCAUUACAAAACACAAACAUGAUGUUAAUCAUCAUUUAUUAGAAAAAGAUGAAAACAAUUUGAAUCAACACAUAAUUUAAUUAUACUUGAUUGAAUUAAAUAUUAUUAUCAUUUAUUGAAUAUUGUCAUUAAAUGGUAAACAAAAAUUAAGCUUAAUUGCUAUUAAAUGAAAUCAACAAUUUAGUUAAUUAAGAGAUCUAUGAACCUCUCUUAUUUGCAUUAUUAUUAUUAAUUGUGUACUUUUUUUCUUUGAUUAAUUAAUUGAUUAUUAUAUAAAAAUUCAAUAAAUAUUAUUAACUAAUUGCGUGAAAA